GAACUAUCUAUGAAAAUCCUCCAUAAUUUUAUUUUAUUGCGAUAGUUCACGAUUCACAUCAUCUGGGAGUGCCAGCAUUAUUAUUAAAAAUCCUCAAUCAACUUUUCCCAUCACUGUCUGUGUCAGAGUUGUAAUUAAUGGGUUCCGAUGAAAAAAACAUGGAGUUUUUGAAGGAGAUCGGUUUGGGUUCCAGCAACAUUGGUUGUUACAUCAAUGGCGAAUGGAAGGCCACAGGUUCAUCUAUCACUUCUGUCAAUCCUUCUAACAAUCAGACUAUUGCUAAAGUGACCGAAGCAACUAUGGAAGAUUAUGAGGAGGGAUUGCAAGCUUGUUCUGUAGCAGCUAAGAUGUGGAUGACCAUUCCGGCACCUAAGAGAGGUGAGAUUGUGAGACAGAUUGGCGAAGCAUUAAGGGCCAAAUUGGAUCCUUUGGGUAGGCUGGUUUCUCUUGAGAUGGGAAAAAUUCUUCCAGAAGGAAUUGGGGAGGUUCAGGAAAUAAUCGAUAUGUGUGAUUAUGCUGUUGGGCUAAGCCGACAAUUGAAUGGGUCAAUUAUACCAUCCGAACGUCCAGAUCAUGCGAUGUUUGAGGUAUGGAACCCACUAGGAAUAGUCGGUGUAAUCACUGCUUUCAACUUUCCAUGCGCUGUUCUCGGAUGGAAUGCGUGCAUUGCAUUAGUCUGUGGUAACUGUGUUGUGUGGAAGGGCGCUCCAACAACUCCAUUGGUAACUAUUGCUGUGACAAAGCUAGUAGCUGAAGUUCUUGAGAGGAACAAAUUACCUGGUGCAAUAUUCACCUCUUUCUGUGGAGGUGCUGAAAUUGGUCAAGCAAUAGCUAAAGACACACGCAUUCCCCUGGUUUCAUUUACUGGAAGUUCAAAGGUGGGCUUGAUGGUCCAGCAAACAGUGAAUGAGAGAUUUGGCAAAUGCUUGCUUGAGUUAAGUGGUAACAAUGCAAUAAUAGUCAUGGAGGAUGCAGACAUCAAACUGGCUGUACGCUCUAUUUUGUUUGCGGCUGUGGGUACUGCUGGUCAGCGGUGCACAUCUUGCCGUAGACUGUUUCUGCAUGAGAGUAUUUACUCAAAUGUACUAGAUCAACUUACUGCAGUCUACAAACAAGUCAAAAUUGGGAAUCCCCUGGAGAAAGGGACUCUAGUUGGGCCCUUGCAUACUCGAUCUUCAGUGGAAAACUUUCAGAAGGGUAUUUCGGUCAUAAAAUCUCAGGCAUGGAAGAUCCUAACAGGGGGCUCUGUAAUAGAGUCAGAAGGAAACUUUGUACAACCAACAAUUGUUGAGAUUUCUCCCGAUGCUCGUGUAGUUAAAGAAGAAUUGUUUGGUCCAGUUUUAUAUGUUAUGAAAUUUCAGACUCUGGAAGAAGCAAUUGCCUUGAACAAUUCUGUUCCUCAAGGAUUGAGUAGUUCAAUAUUUACCCAAAAACUUGAAGCUAUCUUCAGAUGGAUUGGGCCACGAGGUAGUGAUUGUGGUAUAGUGAAUGUGAACAUACCAACAAAUGGAGCUGAAAUUGGUGGUGCCUUUGGUGGAGAAAAGGCAACUGGUGGUGGUCGUGAAGCAGGAAGUGACUCAUGGAAGCAGUACAUGCGGCGUUCUACAUGCACCAUCAAUUAUGGAGGUGAACUACCGUUAGCUCAGGGAAUAAACUUUGGCUAGCAAGCCAUCCUUGCACACGAGGAUGCUCAAAUGCAAUUUUCAGCCAGAAUUUAAGAUGAAGCUUGGUUGACGGGGCCUCAAAGUGUUGUUUUAACAAUAUAUGCUGUGAGGGCGGUACCUUGACAGCUUCAAUGUGCAAGAUAUUAAACAAAUGUCCAAUAAAUUAGGUGCAAAAACUCUUAUAUCCCCAUCGAAAAUGUUUUAAUAUUUUUAUUCAAUGUGGUUCUCUGUGAUUCUGUUAUAUGUUGUAGGUUUGGCAAAUCCAUCUUAGAAGGAUUUCAUGCUAAGAGCAUGUUUGACACUUUUUUUUAAGCGUUAAAAAAAAAUUCAAAAAA